AUGACAACCCCUCUCGCCGCCUCCGUUCCUCCUCAGUGUUGUUUCUGUAGCUGCAGCCACGCGGAUUGCUAUUCGAGUCUCUUCGACUGCCUAGACCCCGGCUCGAGCAACGGGUUCUACGAGUGUCAGGAACCGCCUCCUGCCACCCUACCUUGCUCGGCGGAGGUCCAGCAGUCGUGGGUGGUGGCCGAAUCGGCGGAGGCACUGGCAUUAGCCGCGGCCGUCAACUGUUCCGGCGGGUCGUUCGAGGUGGAGUGGAGAGGGUCCAUAGUCGUGGAGUCCCCGGUCUACGUCCGCGACGGGACCGUUCUCACCGUUACCGGCGUCGGCUCGACCGCCGUCAUCGACGGAAACGCCGCAACGCGACUCUUCACCGUCGUCGACGCGUCCCUGCACCUGCGGAACGUGAACAUCAGCUACGGUGCGAGCAGCGCGGUCGGCGGGGGAAUCGCCGCGGCAGGGUCCCGCGUGACGCUGAACCACACGAGCUUCGUCGGCAACAGGGCUACCGGCCACGGAGGCGCGGUGUAUGUGUCGAACGGCUCUACCUUGUCCUGCUUGGGAGAUAUAGCCUUCGACGACAACAACGCGACGGGGGACGGGGGCGCCAUGUACGUGAUCGGUGCCUCGGCCGUCGACUGCGGUGCCUCCUGGCUCGGCAACGUGGCGGGUGAUUCCGGAGGCGCAAUAUACGCCGGGAACGGAUCCAGCGUAUCUUGGACCGAUGACGCCGUGUUCGUUGAGAGCGGCGCCGGCCGUUACGGCGGUGCUAUCUGCGUCCUGGAUGGCUCGACGGUAUCAUGGGACGGCCGGACGGAAUUCCAUUCGAACCGCGGUGCUCUUUGGGGCGGAGCCGUGGUCGUCGAACACGGGUCGAGUCUUUCGUGGGGCAGAGACACGACGUUCACGAACAACAGCGCUAUCUAUGGGGGUGCGCUAAUGGUAGUCGACCUCUCCGCAGCUUCCUGGAACGCACCGACCACGUUUCUGGAGAACCAAGCUUGGUAUUCUGGGGGCGCGGCCUACGUCCAAACUGCCUCGAGUAUUUCGUGGACCGGACACGCGGAGAGCGUGUUCGACGGGAACCAGGCUCUGAUUGGCGGAGGGAUAGCUGUGACUCAAAGCUCUGAGCUUUCCUGCGCCGAGGAGACCACCACCACGUAUGUCGGAAACUCGGCAACUAUUUCCGGGGGUGCCCUAGAGGUGGGCUCCGGAUGCAACGCGUCCUUCGGCGGCAACGCUUCCUUCGAAGGGAACAGCGCUGUUGGAGAUCCAGGAAUAUUGGAGAGUGGCUUCGGCGGCGCACUGUUGAUUGUCGGUAGGGAGUUACCUGCCGGCGUUUUCUUCGGUGGUUCGACGGCUUUCGUGGGCAAUUUCGCGGAGAAGGUGGGAGGGGGGCUGGUCGCGAGCUACGCGACGGCGGCGUGGGGCGGGGACACGGCAUUCGUGGGAAAUUCUGCCGGUCGGUCCGGAGGAGCCGUCUUCGUCGUGAAUGGCUCGAGCGUCGCAUGGACCGGGGACACGACCUUCACGUCGAACGAGGCGAGCACCGACGGGGGUGCGGUGGCAUCACCCAUUCUCGACUCCGUGUACAAUCUCCGGAGCUCUACCCUCCUCAUCAACGGACCGACGGCCUUCGUUAACAACACGUGCGGGGGAAGCGGGGGAGGUCUCGCUGCCUUCGACGGCCUGUCGGUAGACGUCGACACGGCGGAUGUUACCUUCUCCGGCAACGCCGCCGAAGUCGCGGGAGGGGCCGUUUUCGUCUCUGGCGCCGGCGUCGGCUUCGUAUUCGUCGACGUGAGCUUCGUGGCCAACUCCGCUCAGGUUGGAGGCGCAGUUUCGAUCGUGGGGUCCGGAAGCUUGAAAGGGUUUUUCGACCUCGAAUGGCCAAGCCCAACAACAUUCGACCGCUGCUCCUUCGUCGGCAACCAAGCGUCCGCAACGGGUGGGGCCGUCGAGAGCGCGGCCGGACAGGACGCCUUCGUCGGUAAUGUGUUCGUGGGCAACAAGGCCGGGACCGGGGGGGCUCUGCGGAUGGCAGGCACGGCGUCUGUGGAGAACUGCUCGUUCGUCGACAACGUCUCAGACGACGGCGAAGGGGCGGCCUUGUCCAACAUCGGUUUCAUUUCGAAGAUGGCGCACAUCUACUUCAGUGAAAACGUCUUCGACUGUCCAUCCGGCACGUUCCUGGACUUCAACGCGUCGGGCGACCCAUUCGAAGCCGUCUGCGCCGGGUGUGACAUCGUGUGCGACGGAUGCGUCUUCGAACAAGGGCUAGUCGGUCCCUCUUGCUCGGAAGCAAUGGCCCACUCGACGAGCGCCGGCGGCAACACCACCCUCCAAGAAGUAUCGAUCGACCGAGGGUAUUGGCGAGCAACAUCCGUGAGCGAAGAAGUCCUCGAGUGCUUCCAGGCCGAUGCAUGUCUGGGCGGGGUGACGGGGACGUCUGGGUAUUGCCUUGAGGGCUACGAAGGACCAUAUUGCAGUAUCUGCAGCGGUGGGUACACGAAGCAACUGGGGUUUUCUUGCACCAAGUGCUCCGAAAACAAGGCUGGUGGCAUCGUGGUAAUUGUCAUGGUCGCCAUAUUGACCAUCUUGGCGGCAGUCGCUGUAGUCUCGUAUGUUAUGUCGAGGGACGACGACGGGGGCGCGGAGGGAGGGUUCGUCGAGCGCGUUGCCGGGCACAUUCCACUCCAGUCCGUGAAGAUCGUGAUCGUGUCGUGGCAGAUCUUGACACAGUUCACGUCCGUGGCGAACGUCACCUACCCUGACGUGUACCAGGACUUCCUGGACGCAAUGGACGUGUUUAACUUCGACCUCAGCUGGGUGUUCUCGACCGGGUGCAUCUUCGACAUCGACUUCCACGAUCGCCUGCUAGUGUCGACGAUCAGCCCACUCGUGGCCCUGUCGUUCCUGGCGUGCACCAACGCCGCCGUCGCCCGUACAAACCGCGGAUCCCCCCGGAACCUCCAGAACAAUGUGUGGCAGAAGCACGUAUCCAUGGGGCUCCUCCUCACCUUCCUCGUGUACUCGAACGUUAGUUCCGUCCUAUUUCAAUCCUUUGCGUGCGAGGAGCUGCACGACGGCAAAAACUACCUCCGGUCGGACUACCGCAUCGAGUGCGACUCCUCCGGGCACAAGGCCUUUCAGGCGUACGCGGGCUUCAUGAUCGUCUUGUACCCGGUGGGGAUCCCGGCUCUCUACGCCGGCCUCCUCUUCAGGGAUCGCGACGUGCUGAGAAAGGAUGAGGCCAACCGAGAAGACCCUCCACGCGUCACGUCGACGUCCCACCUGUGGGAGCCGUACAAGCCGUCGGCGUUCUACUACGAGGUGAUCGAGUGCUGCCGUCGGGUUCUGCUCGCCGGCGUGGCCGUUUUCAUCUACCCGAACACGGCCGCCCAGAUCGCGGUGACUCUGGUCAUCGCGGUCGCGUUCACGAUACUCUCCGAGGCCCUGGACCCGUACUCGUCGAGGUGGGACUCGUGGACGAGCAGGAUGGGGCACGUGGUCGUGCUCGUGAGCAUGUACGUAGCCCUCCUGCUCAAGGUCGACGUGUCCGACGAACGGGCGAGCAGCCAGAGGGUGUUCGAGGCCAUCCUCGUGGCCGUUCACGCGUGCAUGGUGACGCUGGUCGUGAUCGAGACGAUCAUCCUGUCGGUUUCGCUGAGGGCGGCCAAGGAACGGGAAGCCCCGCUGCCGAGGCUCAGCAGCAGCGGGAAGUCGUUGAGCCGUAUGCUCUCGACUAUGCACAUGUCAGAAGGGGAAGAAGAGGCAAGGGAUGAUACAGUAGAUGAGGCAAUACUUCAGAGCGUGACAGUUACACGUACGCUGCGACGUACCAUUUGA